UCGAAAAAAAAAACAAGUCUACGCAGUAAAAGCGCUGAAUCUGAAGAAUAAGAAGAAAAGGAGUUGACACCCAAAAGCAGAAAUGGCAACAGGAAAGAAGCUGCUGACUGCUGUACUUAUAUGGAUUCUUGUUCUUUUCGGAACCUUAGCUCUUAUUCUGAACAGCUUAAAUGAUCCCGGGGUCUCAUCUGAUCGGAAAGUUGUUAAUUCUCACCUCCCCAAAAUGGAGAAGGUAGUGGAUGGGGAUAUGGAAAGGGUGACAAACAAGGUUUACUUUGACAUAGAGAUUGCGGGCAAACCCAUGGGUCGUAUUGUCAUGGGCCUCUUUGGGAAAACAGUUCCAUUGACAGCAGAAAAUUUUCGAGCUCUUUGCACGGGGGAGAAGGGUAAAGGAAAGAAUAGGAAGCCUCUCCAUUACAAAGGAAGCAAAUUCCAUAGAAUUAUACCCAGUUUUAUGAUCCAGGGUGGUGAUUUUACUCUUGGUGAUGGCCGAGGCGGGGAGUCGAUUUAUGGUGAUAAGUUUGCUGAUGAGAACUUUAAGCUGAAGCACACGGCUCCAGGUUUUUUGUCAAUGGCAAAUGCUGGACCAGAUACUAAUGGUUCCCAGUUCUUCAUAACCACUGUAAUAACCAAAUGGUUGGAUGGCCAUCAUGUUGUGUUUGGCAAAGUGCUUUCCGGCAUGGAUGUGGUUUACAAGAUUGAAGCACAAGGACGGGGAGAUGGGACACCCAGAAGCGCAGUUGUUAUUUCAGACAGUGGAGAACUACCCAUGUAAUGUUUAGGAAAUUUGUUUGCAUUUAUGUGAAUCAUUUGGGUUGCUCUAAGCAAUCAUGUCUACUUGCCAGUGGGAUUUCUCUGUGGCCACUUCUUAAGAUGCACUCAACUAAUAUACUUACGUCCACCCUGUUUUAGAAAUUCCCUUUACUCUGAAGUGAAGUAUUCAUUUGGAUUUUGGAUGCUC